AGAUUUACUACUUAUUCAGAAUUUAGUGCAUUCGUUAUUGUCGUGCAAAAUGUCCAGUACUGCUUUAACUGCAAUUUCUGUGGCCGUAGGAGUAUUUUUCGUAUUCUUUGGGACGUUAAAGCUUGGUCCAUUAUUUUCUGAUGAGCUUUAUCGCAGUGUGAGAAAAAACUUCAUUAGGAUGUUCAAGACGUUUCCGUUUAGUUCGUUUACUGGUUGGAAUCCGAAUCCUCAUGUAAUUAGACGAGUUUAUGGAACGACUGAAGUUGUCGGUGGUAUUGUACUUGCAGCUUGUUCUGGGACUGCACAGGAUGUUAGCAAUGUUAUACUGCUUAGUCUUAUGCUAUUCCAUCUCUUUAGUAUAUGGCGCGUAGCAGAUGGACUAAAAGAAGCUUCCAAUCUCAUUGUUUUAUGUUUGAUGCUAACAUGCAGGUUUAUUAUACGGAUUCAACUUAUUCAAAAGAAUGAAGAGGUGACGGAAAAUAAUGAAUAUCUUAAGAAUGAUAUAAGAAGACGUAUUGUUCUCCUACAGGAGGAAUUGCAGAAAAUGAACACUUUUAAUAAUAAUAAUAAUAAUAAUAAUAAUAAUAAUAAUAAUAAUAGCAGCAACACUAAUAAAACAGAAAACGACACACACAAAGUAGAAUGAAGUUUAUAUAUUCCAGUUGAAUAAAUCAUGACUUUUUCUCAUUGUAAAGGAUAAUGUCAAUGCAUUUAUUUUGUUGUCCUUUCAUCAAUGUUUUAUUUGUAAUUUAAUUUAAUGCUUCGAUUGUUUUUCUAUGUUAGCCAUAUAUAUAAUCUAAAUGAACUUACAUUUUCAAUAAGUUGAAUACGUACUCUGUCAAGCAAACACGCGAACGUUUGUAUGAACUUCAUUUUACGGGAAUUUACUCCUCUUUCCUAUUCGUAACGAUACAGCUGCCCCAUCUCCG